AUUGUGGCAAAGAUUUUCAAUCUUGUGUUUAUAUUUGUAUAAAAAUUUAAAUACGUAUAAAAAACAUAACCGAUUGCCGAUCGAAACUUCUGCGAAGUCGUUGCUAAGAGCAUGGCCGAUACUUCAAUACCAACGGUUGAAAAUCCCGUGGAAGAAAAGCCCAAAGAGCUUUCCGAAGAGCAGAAGUUAAAGGCAAAGUACCCUGGGGGUUUAAAGAAAAAUUUUGCACAAUCAAGGCUUCAAAAUCGUGGAGGGGUCAAAUACUUUGAUUCUGGUGACUACAACAUGGCGAAGACGACUGGUAACAAAAGCCGGCUGCCUGGACUUGGUGCAGCUAUUCCGAAACCUGAAGACAUACCACAUAGAAAACAGUCGGUUCCAAGUAAAUUAGCCAGCCCAACGUCUGUCAGCGUCCAGGAUUGAGCUAAUAUUCCGCUUACACAAAGCAGCAAGAAACUGUGUUCAUUGAAUGUAUAUUACAUAAAGUAUUUGUCAGUGGAUUUUGCAUUUGGCACAUUUAUCAACUUAUACCACAAUUUAUUACUUCAACGAAACUUUUAGUUGAUGAUGGAAGAUUGCCUUUGUACAUAUAGGAAAGUAAAUAUGGCGGAAAAUGUCUGAAACUCAAUUUGCAGUAUCACCACCAAGUAUAUGGCUCUGAAAAACGAUGCAUAGCAUUGCAACGUAUUUAACUAAAAAAUAUCAAAUUAAUUCUAUGCUGUAAUGAGAAGUAAUACAAGAAACAAAUUGUAUUAUUAGUAGUUGUUUAUUAUAAGAUUUUGAAUAACCCAUAUAUAACAAUUGCCAAAUAAUAGUCUAUGUUAUUCUAGAAAACAUUUUGAGAAUUUGUUUCUUGUAUUACAUCUCUAAGUUUAAAUAAAGGAAUCAAAAUUUAGUUACUUUUUUAUUUUAACAUGUUAAUUUGUAGAAAUAUCUACCAAAAGAGAAAGUCAAAAGUUGUAUUUGGUUGAGC